AUGUUUGUGCACAAAAAUACCAGAGCACAUUUUGCACAACAUGCUGCCCAAAUACGUGGCGAUACUAGUUCCGAAGAGGAGGAAGAAGAGGGCGAUAUACUACAGCGGAGACGUGAAGAAUGUGAACGUAAGGCAAGGCGUGGGGAAAUGGAUCCCCGUUUGGAAUUCACUUUUCAAUUAUUAAUAGAUGCUACGCAAUUACCGCGUCAUCAGUUAAUGGAUUAUAUAUUUGAGGGUGAUAUGCUGGAUGAAAUCAAUCAGUUAUUUUUACCUAAUAUGAAAAAUAAACUAUUAUGGUUUUAUCAAGAAGUCGAUGAACCGGAACCGCAACCUGUUAUGGAUCCUAAUAAGCCUAGUACAUCACGUUCGGCUAUGGCAUCGAGUAGUUCAAAAACGCCUCAAGGUGGUGGUACAUCACCAGGUGGUUCGGCACUCGUAAAGCAGAAAAAAUUAUUUCUAACUGAUGGCUGGACAUGUGCUUUUACCGGCAUUUGUAUCUAUAUAUUUCGCAUAAAUGUAACCAAACAAUUGCCUGAGGAGGGUUUUCAAAAGGAUUUAUUCUGUGGCAUUAUUGAUGCCAAAAAUAUUGGUCUGGUUACUUCGAUUGAACGUAUUGUUGAAUAUGUUUUCAUGCAGGCCUUGGCUUUUCCCAGCCUUGAAGGCGAUGAAGAAGACAUUAGUUGCGGCCUUAUUAAGGGCCAACUUUUGCCAGGAUUACGUUCAUUUUGCAGUGCUUUACGUGUGUGUGAACAAGUUUGUGAUCAUUAUAAUGUCUUUAAUGAUGGCUGUGAUAUGUUUGAGAAAAUCGAUCAAAUCGAAGAGGUCAAAGACCUAUCAAAAAAUCAAGAAUUUUGUAAUCAACUCGAAGAGCGCGUAACCAAUUGGAUUAAGGGCAUUAUGAAGAUAUUGGGUGAAAGUGAACAAUUACGCAAGGAAAAUGAUCACAGUGGACCUCAGGAUGAGUUGGAGUAUUGGAAGAAACGUGGCGCACAAUUCUCACAACUUUUAGCUCACUUACAAGAGAAAGAUGUUCAGUUUACUUUGCAUUGUUUGUAUUUGGCUAAUUCGAAAGUGAUGCGUGAUUGGAAGGAAACUGAUCGUAAAAUAACUUUCUGCUACAAUGAGGCCAGGGAUAAUUCGAAAUUUAUUCAGGCCAUGGAACAUUGUUGUCAUUCGUUGUAUUUGGAUGAUCCGGUCUGCAUGAAGGAGUCUAUUUUAAGCCUUUUACAAACAGUACGAUUAAUUUAUAGUGUUUCACAAUUUUACAACACCUCUGAAAGAACUUCAGCACUUAUGGUUAAGAUCACCAAUCAAAUGAUAGAAACCUGCAAAUCCUAUAUAACUUGCCGCUGCAAGGAAACAAUUUGGUCUCAGGACCGUAAUCUAGUACGCACUAAACUUAGUAAUUGCAUUAAAUUAAAUCACAUUUAUCACGAGACCUACUACACCGUUAGAGAGCAACCGUUUUUACCUAAUCAAACACCAUUUGGAUUUUCGGAAAAUUUUGUUUUCGGAAAAUUCGACACCUUUUGUGAACGUUUAUCGAAAAUUACCUCAAUGUUUAAUUUAAUUGAUGACUAUAAUCAUCUUUUUGAAAGGAGAUUGGAGGGUUUAUUAUUGGGUGAAGCUUUAGAGGAGGCAUCAAAUCUUUUCGAAGAGGCCAAAAAAGAUAUUUUAUCGAAGAAAUAUGAUUAUUUAGAUCAUCGUAAUGCUGAUUUCAAUGAUGAUUAUGAUAAAUUCAUUACUAAAACGGAUACUUUGAAAGAUACCAUAGCAACUUUGAUUGAAACGAAUUUUGAUACUGUCUGGGAAACGCCACAAUGCAUACGAUUUCUGGUGCGUUUCGAAAAGGUUAGCGAGAAAAUACCUUUAACUAAAAUGGAUGAGAAAUAUUUGCGUAUUAUACGUUAUGUGGAUAAAGAGGUGGAGAGAGUUUUAAAACUUUUUCGUAAGCAAAGAGAUGAUCCACCGGUUAGCCGGAAUUUUCCACCCAUGGCGGGUCGUGUCUAUUGGACUCGUUCUUUGGAUUGUCAUAUAAGCGAACUGGUUGAUGCUGUCUGUGAACAUCCUGUUUUGGGUAAUUUACCACCCUGUCGUGAUUUGGAGCAUCGUUUCAAUCAUGUAAUGACCGUACUGCAUGAGUAUGAAGAUGAAAUAAUUGCCAUAUGGUUAGAUCAGGAUGUUAGUGUGGCAGAUGCUUGUCUACUGCAGCCCUUGUUGUCUCUGCAAGGUGAUCGUAUUUUUGUUAAUUUACAUCCAACAAUACCGCUGUUGAUAAGGGAGGCAAAGCUUUUGGCAAAAUUAAAUAUUGAGUUGCCGAUAGUGGCGGCUACAUUGAUGAGUCGUCAGGAUUAUUUUAUUACCAUUCAGGAUUCAUUGAAUCAUCUUAUAAAAAUGUUUCUUAGUACCGUGAGAGCUGUUAAGUUGGAAGUGAGGCCUUUGUUUUUGCCUCAACUUGUACGUUUAACGGCAAUGCUGAAACCAGGUUUGACCACAAUUAAUUGGACCAACCAAAACUGGCAUAAAUUCUAUGAACGCUGCAAACAAGCGAUUGAAACGUUUGAAGUUCUGGUAGCAAGGAUACAUGAUAUUUACUCCAAUCGUAUAUUGCAUGUGUUAAUGUGUAUGCAGGAGAUAUCAUUACAAGUCCUUCCCGGAGACGAUGAAAUCUGGACUGUUGAUGAGUUGGAAAAGAGUGAAGAGUCUUGUCGAAAAGCAGCUAUAGAAUUAAAUCGUAAAAGUCAAAUGGUUUCAGAAGCUGUCGAAGAAGUUUUAAAUUUGGUGGAUAAGGCCACAGAAAAGUUUAAGGAAAUAGCUGGAGAUGAUGUUGUGACAUUAUUUGAUGUUUCAGCUAAGGAUCAAACUGGUUCGGCUAGAAAAGGUGGAGAUGCUGCUGGGGCCGGUACUAGUGCAGCUGCAGGUGGUGCUUCUACUUCGAAUAGUGGUGGAGGUGGCGCUUCUGGUGGCCAACAACAAGAUUGGAGUAUUUUAUGGUCUUGUUUUGAUAAUCCCCUAACUUUGUUGGCCACUUCGGAAAGUUUACCCAAAGGCAUGCAGGACAUGGUUUGUAAUGCUGUAGUGGAAAUGAGACGCUAUUAUAGUCGCAAAGUUAUAGAUGUUUUAAUAAAAGUUAUUAGAGCUGCUUUGGAUACUAUACGACGACGUUUUAUAGCCGAUGAUGAUGAUACUGCAAUAAAGAAACCGGUAUUUGCUCUAUACGCCCAACUACAAAUACCCAAUGUGGUGAUCAAACCUAAUCUAGAGGAAUUGCAAGAAAUAUUGAUAACAGCAGGUAAAAAUAUAACUGGCAUAGCUAAGGGAGUGGCCCAGUGGGCUAGUGGUAAAGAAAAUCCGCAAGUAUCCAUAACACCUCAGCCUCGGGUAGGACGUAAUCAUAAUACCAAACGUCGUAAACUAUAUACCUUAGCCUCCGAAGAACGUCCACAAAUGCCUCAUAUGCUAAAAUCUUUCUAUUCGGCCAUUAUGGAUAAUAAGGAAGUGGCUAAAGCUUUGAAUCUUUUAUCGAAUUGCACUAAAAAUAUUAAACCCGAAAUACAAACGUAUAUAAAACGUUGGAAACCUUAUCAUUUCCUUUGGAAAAAUGAUCGUACCACCAGACAACUUAUGGAAUUUGGUUUACAAGAAUUUGAGUCUACCCUAAGAUGUCUAGCGGAAUUGGAUGCUAAUCUUUUGAUAGAACCUGAUAUGGAAGUAUUUGGUCAGUCUAUAGCUGUUUAUAAUGAAAGAUUGAAAUAUGGUUUGGCUAUAGAAAUUAAAUCUUGCAAUCAUAAAAUUGGACAAGCCAUGAAGAAAAAAUAUAAAAAGGAAAUGGAUUAUGUAUAUGCUGUUAUCAAUGAAAUGGAUCGUAAAUUAGAUCGUCCUAUACGAGACUUGGAUGAUGUACGCAUGAUUAUGGAGACACUGAGUAAGAUUAGAGAACAAGAGGUGGAUAUGGAAUUGCGCAUUGAUCCAAUUGAGGAGGCCUUUAAUGUUCUAACACGUUACGAAGUACAAGUUGAAAGAGAACAAUUCGAUUUGGUGGACAAUUUAAGAUCAACAUUCCAGAAUCUUUUAGCCUGUGCUCUGCAGGCUCAAGUUAAAUUAUUGGAAAUGCAACCCUCAUUCCAAGAUGAUUUGAAAACUAAUUUGGAUAAUUUCAAACAAGAUAAAAUCACAUAUGUCAAUGAAUAUCGCACGGCGGGACCCAUGCAGCCCGGUUUAACUCCGAGAGAAGCAUCGGAUCGUUUAAUACUUUUCCAGAAUCGUUUUGAGGGAAUGUGGCGUAGAUUGCAGACCUAUCAAAGUGGUGAAGAACUAUUUGGUUUGCCACAAACUGACUACCCGGAAUUGGGUCAAAUUCGAAAGGAAUUGAAUCUAUUGCAGAAAUUAUAUAAACUAUAUAAUGAUGUUAUAGAUCGUGUUAGUAGUUAUUAUGAUAUACCCUGGAAUGAGGUGGAUAUAGAGGAGAUUAAUAAUGAAUUAAUGGAAUUUCAAAAUCGUUGUCGUAAGCUGCCCAAGGGCUUAAAGGAAUGGCCGGCUUUUCAUGCUUUAAAGAAAACCAUAGAUGAUUUUAAUGAUAUGUGUCCUUUGCUCGAGUUAAUGGCUAAUAAGGCCAUGAAACCUAGACAUUGGCAAAGAAUUAUGGAUGUUAGCAAUUAUAUUUUUGAAUUUGAUUCUGAAGGUUUUUCUUUAAAGAAUAUAUUGGAGGCUCCUUUGCUCAAACAUAAAGAAGAUAUAGAGGAUAUUUGUAUAAGUGCCAUGAAAGAGAAAGAUAUAGAGGCGAAAUUGAAGCAAGUGACCAAUGAGUGGUCUGUACAUGAACUACAAUUUAUGAGUUUUAACAAUCGAGGCGAACUACUGCUGAGAGGUGAUACCACAGCAGAGACCAUAGGUCAACUGGAGGAUAGUUUAAUGAUUUUGGGUUCUUUGCUCUCCAAUCGCUAUAAUGCACCUUUUCGCAAGCAAAUUCAGCAAUGGGUCUAUGAUCUUUCCAAUUCCAAUGAGAUCUUGGAAAGAUGGCUUUUGGUGCAGAAUAUGUGGGUUUAUUUGGAAGCUGUAUUUGUGGGCGGUGACAUUGCCAAGCAAUUGCCUAAAGAAGCUAAAAGAUUUUCCAAAAUCGAUAAAUCCUGGCAAAAGAUUAUGCAAAGAGCUCAUGAAACCCCGGGUGUAGUAGCCUGUUGUGUGGGCGAUGAUUUGUUGAAACAAUUGCUGCCUCAUCUACAAGAACAAUUGGAAAUAUGUCAAAAAUCCCUAAGUGGCUAUUUAGAGCGUAAACGUAUGAUGUUUCCCAGAUUCUUUUUUGUCUCCGAUCCCGCUUUAUUGGAGAUUUUGGGACAAGCUUCCGAUUCGCAUACCAUACAAAACCAUUUACUGUCCAUAUUCGAUAAUACGCGUAAAGUUAAAUUCCAUGAUAUAGAAUACAAUAAAAUGAUGGCGAUUAUUUCCAGUGAAGGUGAAAUGAUACAAUUAGAUCGUGCCAUACGAGCGGAGGGUUCCGUUGAGACAUGGCUAACUCAAUUACUGGUCACAGCACAGCAGUCAUUACAUUCCAUUAUACGUACCGCCUAUGCCACAAUCAAUGAUCCAAAUUUCACUCUAUUAGGUUUUCUAGAGAAGGUACCGGCCCAAGUAGGCCUAUUGGGCAUACAAAUGAUUUGGACACGCGAUGCGGAAAUGGCUCUGAUGCAGGCCAGGCAUGAGAGGAAAGUCAUGUCUGAAACAAAUAAUAAAUUUCUGGAUAUUCUAAAUACUUUAAUUGAUCAGACGACAAGAAAUCUCACAAAAAUGGAGCGUACUAAUUUUGAGACAUUGAUAACGAUUCAUGUACAUCAAAGGGAUAUAUUUGAUAUAUUGUGUCGUAUGAAUAUAAAAUCGGCUAAUGAUUUUGAGUGGUUAAAACAGUGUCGUUUUUAUUUUAAAGAAGAUUUGGAUAAAACUUGGAUAUCCGUUACCGAUGUUACGUUUACCUAUCAAAAUGAGUAUUUAGGUUGCACCGAUAGAUUGGUCAUAACACCUUUAACCGAUCGAUGCUACAUAACAUUAGCUCAAGCAUUAACAUUGAGUAUGGGUGGUGCACCAUGUGGUCCAGCUGGGACAGGGAAAACGGAAACAGUAAAGGACAUGGGUAAAACGUUAGCUAAAUAUGUGGUUGUAUUUAAUUGUUCCGAUCAAAUGGAUUACAGAGGCUUGGGUCGUAUUUACAAAGGUUUAGCUCAAUCCGGUUCAUGGGGCUGUUUCGAUGAAUUCAAUCGCAUUGAAUUGCCAGUCUUAUCGGUGGCAGCGCAACAAGUUGCAGUUGUCUUAACGGCCAAAAAGGAAAAGAAAAAAUCAUUUAUAUUUACGGAUGGUGAUACUAUCGAAAUGAAUCCUGAAUUUGGUAUUUUUAUAACGAUGAAUCCCGGUUAUGCUGGUCGCAAAGAGUUGCCAGAAAAUUUAAAAAUACAAUUUCGUACUGUAGCCAUGAUGGUGCCCGAUCGUCAAAUUAUCAUACGCGUUAAAUUGGCCUCCUGUGGUUUCUUGGAAAAUAUAACACUGGCACGUAAAUUCUAUACUCUCUAUAAGUUGUGUGAAGAACAGUUGACAAAACAAGUUCAUUAUGAUUUUGGUUUACGUAACAUACUAUCUGUAUUGAGAACAUUGGGUGCAGCUAAGCGAAGGAACUCAAAGGAUAGCGAGAGUACGAUUGUGAUGCGAGUCCUACGUGAUAUGAAUCUAUCGAAGUUAAUAGAUGAUGAUGAGCCAUUGUUCAUAUCACUGGUGUCGGAUUUGUUUCCCAAUCAGACCCUUGAAAAGACCAAUUACCCUGAACUAGAGGCUGCUAUAGCCCAGCAGGCCGAAGAAGCUAAUUUGGUUUACCAUCCUCCUUGGGUUCUUAAGCUUAUACAACUGUAUGAAACCCAAAAUGUCCGUCAUGGUAUUAUGACUUUGGGUCCUAGUGGCGCGGGCAAAACUACUUGUAUACAUACUUUAAUGAAGGCUUUAACACAAAUGGGUGAUUAUCAUCGUGAGAUGCGCAUGAAUCCGAAGGCCAUAACUGCAGCUCAAAUGUUUGGUCGUUUAGAUGUGGCCACCAAUGAUUGGACUGAUGGCAUAUUCUCAGCACUUUGGCGUAAAACUUUGAAAAUAAAAAGUGGUGAACAUGUUUGGUUGGUUUUAGAUGGCCCCGUGGAUAGUAUAUGGAUUGAAAAUUUAAACUCUGUGCUCGAUGAUAAUAAAACUCUAACAUUGGCCAAUGGCGAUCGCUUAAACCAUGGCCCCUACAGUAAAAUUAUUUUCGAACCUCAUAAUAUUGACAAUGCUUCACCGGCCACCGUUUCACGCAAUGGCAUGGUAUAUAUGAGUUCUUCGGGUUUGGAUUCCAGACCCAUUGUCCAGGCCUGGCUUAAAAAUCGCGCUCCUGGUGAGAAAACAGUUUUCUCAGAUUUAUUUGAACGUACUUUUGUUCCCGUAUUUUCUUGGGGUACCCAGAAUCUAAAAUUACUUAUGCCCGUCCUACAAUGCAAUGUUGUACGGCAAAUGUUACUCAUUUUGGAGGGUUUGGUGCCGGUUAAGAAGGAAGAUGAACAAGCUGUUAGUAUGUCUAGCAAAGAUAGUCAAGAUGGUAAGUUAUUUUUAUCUUCGUUUGUCUAUAAAGAACGUCGUAAUUCCUUAGCCGAUGAAGAUGAUGAAGAAGCCGCCGAAGAAACUUUGGUGGAGGAAAAAGAAGAUACUUGCACACCAGAGCAUUUACAUCGUUUGUACAUCUUUGCUUUAGCCUGGGGUUUGGGAGCUUAUCUUAAUACAGUGGAUCGUGUUAAAAUGAAUCAAUAUGUUAAAGAAACAUUUCCCGAUUUGGAUUAUGCCAAAGGCACUACCAGUGAAAAUAGUAUAUUUGAUUUUUUUGUUUCGGCCACAGGCGCUUGGCAAUCAUGGAAGACUUUAGUUACGCCCUAUAUGUAUCCAGAAGUUUCCACGCCAGAUUAUUUAAGCAUUCUAGUGCCCAUUGUGGAUAAUGUACGCAUGGAUUAUUUGAUCGGUUGUAUAGCAAAUCAGGAGAAGGCUGUCAUGUUGAUUGGUGAGCAGGGUACCGGCAAGACAGUGAUUAUGAAGAAUUUCAUGAAAAAGAUGAAUGUGGAAACUUAUAUGGGACGUUCAUUUAACUUUUCAUCGGCCACGAGUCCAUAUCAAUUCCAAAGAACUAUCGAAAGUUAUGUGGAAAAGAGAGUGGGUGUAACUUUUGGUCCUCCGGGUGGCCGUAAAUUGAUUGUUUUCAUUGAUGAUAUUAAUUUGCCCGAGAUAAACGAAUGGGGUGAUCAGGUGACCAAUGAGAUUGUAAGACAAUCGAUGGAUAUGAAAGGUUUUUAUAGUUUGGAGAAACCCGGUGAUUUUACCACCGUGGUAGAUGUGCAAUAUGUGGCUGCUAUGGGUUUACCGGGUGGAGGUCGCAAUGAUAUACCCUCUCGUUUGAAAAGACAAUUUUGUGUGUUCAACUGCAAUAUACCCGAUAAUGAUUCCAUAGAUAAAAUAUUCCGUGUUAUAGGCGAGGGUCAUUACAACGCCAAAAGAGGUUUCAUACCAGAUGUAAGAAAUUUGGUCAAGAAAUUGAUUGUUAUAACACGCUAUUUAUGGCAACGUACUAGAGAAAAAUUACUGCCCACACCGGCAAAAUUUCAUUAUGUUUUCAGUUUAAGAGAUUUGUCGCGCAUAUGGCAGGGUAUGGUGGGCACUUUAUCAACUGUAAUCACUUCUGAAAGUGUGUUAAUGUCUUUGUGGAAACAUGAAUGCACAAGGGUAUUUGCGGAUCGAUUUACCAAUUUCCCCGAUAAGGAAUGGUUUAGUUCGGAAUUAUCGUGUCUGGUGCGUUCGGAAUUGGGUGAAAAUCAUGUGCAAAUGAUUUUACCGAAUCCGGUGUUUGUUGACUUUAUGCGUGAUGCUCCUGAACCUACAGGCGAAGAGGGCGAAGAUGCUGAUAUGGAAUUGCCCAAAGUCUAUGAACCGGUGACCUCUCACGAAGUACUCCGUGAGCGUCUGGUUAUGUUUCUUGCCCAAUUUAAUGAAAUGGUGCGAGGUUCCGGGAUGGAUUUGGUUUUCUUUCCUGAUGCCAUGUUGCAUUUGGUAAAGAUUUCUCGUAUUAUAAGGCAUCCUCGUGGAAAUGUCAUGCUGGUCGGGGUCGGUGGUUCUGGCAAACAAUCGCUUACGAAAUUGGCUUCAUUUAUAGCUGGCUAUAAAACAUUCCAAAUAGCACUAACACGUUCCUAUAAUGUGGCCAACUUUUUGGAGGAUCUUAAACUGCUCUAUCGUACUUGUGGUGUCCAAGGAAAAGGUACCACCUUCCUUUUCACUGAUAUGGAUAUAAAAGAGGAAGGUUUCUUGGAAUACCUUAAUAAUAUUCUUUCCUCGGGAGUUAUAUCAAAUCUAUUCUCCCGAGAUGAACAAUCAGAAAUUGUUCAGGAAUUGACACCCAUAAUGAAAAGAGAAAAUCAACGUAAAACCGCCACCCCUGAGAGUGUGAUGGAGUUCUUUUUGGCUCGUACCUGUGCUAAUCUCCAUGUGGCUUUUUGCUUUUCACCUGUGGGAGAGACUUUCCGAGCACGGGUACAACGUUUCCCGGCUUUGGUAUCAGGCUGUACCAUUGAUUGGUUUCAACCUUGGCCCAAGGAUGCUCUCGUCUCGGUUUCUCGACACUUUCUGAGUGACUUUGAAAUAGAGUGUACACCGGAAGUGAAAGAAGAACUUGUCAAUGCUUUGGGUUCAAUACAAGAUGUGGUAGCAGAAACUUCUCAAGAAUAUUUUCAACGUUUUAGACGUGCUACUCAUGUAACACCAAAGUCGUAUCUCAAUUUUAUAGCAGGUUACAAGAAUAUCUACCAACAAAAACAAAAGGAAUUGGGAGAUGGUGUAGAGAAAAUGGAUACCGGCUUAGAGAAACUAAAAGAAGCUUCAGCCUCAGUGGAAAUACUUAAAAAGGAUUUGGUGGUAAUGGAGGAAGAGCUGGUAGAAGCCUCUAAAAAAGCCGAGUCGGUGUUAGUAGAAGUAACUGAACGUGCGAUGCAAGCAGAAAUUGUAAAGAAUCAAGUUUUGAUAGUUAAGGAUAAGGCGGAAGCAUUGGUGGCAUGUAUAGCCAAUGAAAAGGCUUUGGCUGAAGAAAAACUGGAGGCAGCCAAACCGGCUCUGGAAGAAGCAGAGAAUGCUUUAAAUACCAUCAAACCAGCUCAUAUAGCAACAGUACGUAAAUUGGGUAGACCACCUCAUCUUAUUAUGCGCAUUAUGGACUGUGUACUAAUACUCUUCAAACGUAAACUACAUCCUUGUAUACCGGACUCAGGUACACCGUGUCCCAAACCAUCAUGGCAAGAAUCAUUAAAGAUGAUGGCUAGUGCAACAUUCCUGUUGCAGCUACAGAACUAUCCUAAGGAUACAAUAAACGAUGAAAUGAUUGAUUUAUUACAACCAUACUUUCGUAUGGAAGACUAUAAUAUGGAUAUGGCACGUAGGGUUUGUGGUGAUGUUGCUGGUCUAUUGUCUUGGACAAAGGCAAUGGGUUUCUUUCAUAGUGUCAACAAAGAAGUGCUGCCAUUGAAAGCCAAUUUGACAAUGCAGGAAGCUAGAUUGAAGCUCGCUAUGGACGAUCUUGCUGGUGCCGAAGAUCAACUACGAGAACGUGAAGAAGCCCUUCAGGCGGUUAAAAAUCAAUAUGACAAAGCAGUGGGUGAAAAACAGCGAUUAACCGAUGCGGCCAAUGCCUGUCUUCGUAAAAUGACUGCUGCUACAGCUCUCAUAAAUGGUCUGUCGGAUGAAAAAGUUAGAUGGACUAAUCAAAGUAAAGAGUUUAAAAUACAAUUGGGCAAACUAGUGGGAGAUGUACUAUUAGCCACAGGUUUUCUCUCCUAUUGUGGUCCCUAUAAUCAAGAGUUUCGUGCAAACUUAAUAAGAACUUGGAUGGGUAUACUGAAACAGAAAGCUAUACCCUUCACCACGGGUCUAAAUAUUAUAAAUAUGUUGGUGGACUCUUCUAUGGUUUCCGAAUGGACUUUACAGGGUCUGCCCAAUGAUGAAUUGUCUGUACAAAAUGCUUUAAUAGCCACCAAGUCCAGUAGCUAUCCUCUGCUAAUAGAUCCUCAAACACAAGGCAAACUAUGGAUUAAAUCCAAAGAAGAGCAAAAUGAAUUACAAAUCACUUCGCUUAAUCAUAAAUAUUUUAGAACGCACUUAGAAGAUGCUCUUUCCUUGGGUAGACCUUUGUUGAUCGAAGAUGUGGGAGUGGAAUUGGAUCCAGUUAUAGAUAAUGUUUUGGAAAAGAAUUUCAUUAAAUCGGGCAGUAUCGAAAAGGUGUUGGUGGGUGAUAAAGAAUGUGAUGUAAUGCCGGGUUUUAUGUUGUACAUCACCACCAAACUACCCAAUCCACCUUUUAGUCCGGAGGUAAGCGCCAAGACUUCUAUUAUAGAUUUUACUGUAACCAUGAGAGGUUUAGAAGACCAACUGCUGGGCAGAGUUAUACUAAUGGAGAAGUCAGAUUUAGAAGCUGAGAGAGUGGCUCUCUUUGAAACGGUUAUGCAAAAUCAAAGGAAUAUGAAAGAACUAGAGGCUAAUUUACUAUAUCGUUUAAGUUCCUCCCAGGGUUCCUUGGUUGACGAUGAAGCUCUCAUAGAGGUAUUGAGAGUAACAAAAACUACCGCUGAAGAGGUAAAUGAAAAACUUAAAAUAGCCGAGGUAACCGAACGUAAAAUUAUGAAAGCUAGAGAAGAAUUUAGAGCUGUAGCAGCCCGUGGAUCUAUACUCUAUUUCCUGAUUGUGGAAAUGAGCAAUGUUAAUGUCAUGUACCAGAAUUCUUUAAAGCAAUUUCUGGUCAUUUUCAAUAAUUCCAUCACUAAAUCAACCAAAUCAAAUGUCACCGAAGAACGCAUUAAUAUUAUUUUACGCUACUUAACUUACGAAGUCUAUAAGUUCACCAACCGUAGUCUGUACGAGCGUCACAAACAACUGUUCACUUUGAUGUUGGCCAUUAAAAUCGACUAUCACAAGGGAAAUAUUAGUCAUGAGGAAUUCAUGGCUUUCAUUAAGGGUGGUGCAUCAUUGGAUUUGAAUGCUGUACAACCAAAACCAUUCCGUUGGAUUUUAGACAUCACUUGGUUGAAUUUAGUCGAAAUAAGUAAAUUGGAAACGUUUGUUAAUGUUUUGGAAUUGAUUGAACUUAAUGAACGUGAAUGGCGCACUUGGUAUGAAUCGGAAAAGCCUGAAAAUGAGGAAAUACCCUGUGGCUAUCAAACAUCAUUAGAUGGUUUUCGUAAAUUACUGCUAAUACGAUCAUGGUGCCCGGAUCGUACAAUUUCACAAGCUAAGAAAUAUAUAGAAGAAUCACUGGGACCAGAAUAUAGUGAAAUGCAAAUUUUAGAUUUAGAACUCACAUGGUCCGAGUCUGAACCUAGAACACCCUUUGUAUGUUUACUCUCAAUUGGCUCGGAUCCUACAACACAAAUAGCUGCUUUAGCCAAACAAAAAGGAAUACCACUCAAAUCUGUCUCUAUGGGUCAGGGACAAGAAUUUCAUGCACGUAAAAUGAUUAUGGAAUCAAUGGCGAACGGUGGUUGGGUUUUACUACAAAACGUACACUUAUCUUUGCCAUUUUGCACAGAAGUAAUUGAUAUGUUGGUAGAAACGGAACAUAUUGAUAAUACAUUUCGUAUGUGGGUGACUACCGAACCUCAUUCCGACUUUCCUAUUGGUCUACUGCAAAUGGCAAUUAAAUUUACUAACGAACCUCCUCAAGGUAUACGUGCCAGUUUAAAGCGAAGUUAUCAAGCUUUCACACAAGAUUUCUUGGAUUAUACGGCAGCACCUCAAUGGCCCACUCUACUGUAUACUGUGGCAUUUCUUCAUACCAUUGUGCAAGAAAGACGUAAAUUUGGACCUUUGGGCUGGAAUGUACCAUAUGAAUUUAAUGCUGCCGACUUUGCAGCCAGUGUACAGUUCGUACAGAAUCAUUUGGAUGAAAUGGAUCCGAAGAAAGGUGUCUCUUGGCAAACACUUGUCUAUAUGAUUGGUGAGGUACAGUACGGUGGUCGAGUAACGGAUGAUUUCGAUAAACGUCUGUUGACAACCUUCACAGCAGUAUGGUUUUGUGAAGGUCUGCUGAGUCCAUCGUUUGAAUUUUAUAAGGGUUACAAAGUGCCCAAUACGAAAAAUUUGCAAACUUUUAUUGAUUACAUUAAUAAUUUACCGGCUUACGAUACACCUGAAGUAUUUGGUUUACAUUCGAAUGCUGACAUCACGUAUCAAAUUAAUUCUGCCAAAGGAAUAUUGGAUACAAUACUCAGUGUACAGCCUAAGGAAGGUGGCGGUGGAGGUGGUGAAACUAGAGAAAGUAUUGUCUAUCAACUGGCUGAUGAUAUGUUAAGGAAACUACCACCACAAUAUAAUGCAUAUGAAGUGCGUGAGAAUCUAAUACGAAUGGGUAUACUGUUACCAAUGAAUAUAUUUCUAAGACAAGAAAUUGAUCGCAUGCAAAAGGUAAUAAAAAGAGUGUACAAUUGUUUGUGUGAUCUGAAAUUGGCAAUUGAUGGCACGAUUGUAAUGAGUCCUGCAUUAAAAGAAUCUUUAGAUGCCAUGUAUGAUGCUCGUAUACCAGAAUCAUGGAUGAAGAUAUCAUGGGAGUCAACAACACUGGGAUUCUGGUAUACGGAACUAUUAGAACGCAAUGCACAAUUUCGUACUUGGAUUUCAACUGACCGGCCAAAAGUAUUUUGGAUGACAGGAUUCUUUAAUCCUCAAGGUUUUUUAACUGCCAUGCGUCAG